AUAUAGAAAACUGCCGGACGGUGAAGCGCGAGCUCCGUUUAAACCGGGGAUCUAGGGAAUUCAUUUUAACGCACAUGCUAUUCAGCGCGUUCAUCAAUGGAACGUUUCCGGUCCUGGGUGCUUCUAUUUUACCAAUUUCGGAGUUUUUUAUUUUAUUUUUUUAAUCUGAUUUAAACAGAAGGCGGCUGAAGUGACGGGUGGAUUUACCUGCAAGUGCGACAUCCAAGAGAGACAAUGCUGGCCAGAAUUGUGUUCCUUUGUUCCUUUUUAGCUUGUGCUAGUUUUCAGGAGGAUGAGAGGCCUAAGGUAUCGUUUGGAGGAGCUUGUGUAAUGUUGUGCACCUGUGAGGAAAAAGACGGAGUGCUGCACAUAAGCUGCGAGGACAAGAACAUAAACAAGAUCUCUCAAGUCCAGGUACCUUCAGAUAGACCUUUCCAUCUGAAUCUCUACAAAAAUGAUAUUGUGGAGCUGCUCCCAGAGGACAUGGAGGCUUUCAGGAAUGCAGUCACCUUGCAUCUGGGUGGUAACAGCAUACAGGAACUGGUGCCUGGAGUUUUCAGUGCACUAGGCUCCUUGAAGAAGUUGCACAUCAACAGUAAUUUCUUGGUGAUGUUGAAAGAUGAUACUUUUCAUGGCUUAGUAAAUUUGGAAUACCUCCAGGCUGACACAAAUUUUAUCCAAGUUGUAGAGCCUGGGGCUUUCAGCAAACUUGUCCGUCUCAAAGUCUUGAUCCUCAAUGACAACUCCAUUGAGUUUCUUCCCAACAACAUCUUCCGAUUUGUGCCUCUGACUCAUUUGGACUUGCGUGGAAACAACCUGAAGACUCUGCCUUACGUGGGCUUUCUGGAGCACAUAGGCCGCAUCAUUGAGCUGCUUCUAGAGGACAAUGACUGGGUCUGUGACUGCCAGAGCCUUCAUUUGAAGAUCUGGAUUGAGAACAUGCGAGCACAGUCGGCCAUUGGGGAAGUGGUUUGCAGCAGUCCCCAGCAUCUCAGGGGUAUCCCUUUGGCCAAAGUGAAACGGGAUGUACUGUGCCCAUCCCAUAUAAAUAUAAACUUUGAGAAACCACCCAAGUCUCUGGACAUGGUGAUCACCCCUUCCACAAAGGUGGUCCAAAUACUAGACUCAAGAAAUGAUGCAAAGAUCCCCACACCUUCUCAUGGCCCAAAGACGACAUGUGCAUCACAGUGUUCUUGUCAUAACCAUCCCAAUAUUGGGUUCCUCAUCCACUGUGAGGAUAGAGGCAUCCAGAGGAUAUCAGAUCUUGGAAUUUUUCAGCAAAGCCCAAGUAAGCUUGUUUUAACUGGGAACAUGAUAGAGAGACUCCUAAAGUAUGAUUUUGUCACGUAUGACAGUUUGGAAUUGCUGAAUCUGGCAAACAACCAAAUAAACUAUGUAGACAAUGAAACUUUCCUGAGUUUGAGCAAUCUUAAAAAGCUGUACCUAAAUGGUAACAGGAUAGAGAAGAUUACUGCAACUAUGUUUGUGGGCCUCCACAAUCUGGAGUACUUGUACUUGGAAUAUAAUGCAAUCAGGGAACUCGAGUCUGGAUCAUUCAACCCUUUGACAAACCUGAAGCUCCUCUUCUUAAACAACAACCAGCUGAGUGCUCUACCAGCACAGAUAUUUCGAAACGUGCCCUUGACCAAGUUGAAUUUGCGAAACAACCUAUUCAUGCAUCUGCAGGUCAGCAAUGUGUUGGAGCAGCUUGAUUUCCUGGAACAGAUUUACCUUGAGAACAAUCCUUGGGACUGCACAUGUGAUCUAGUCAGCAUGAAGCAAUGGUUGGAGAAGCUGAGAAAGGAUACGGUGGUGGGCUCCAUCUUGUGCCAUAGUCCCAAAAAGGUGGUGAAAGCUGAGGUCAGAAACCUGAAGCAUGAUGUCCUCUGCCCUGGUUUGGUCACCCAUAACUUCCUGCCUUCAAGUGAAUUUGGGGCUGUAACAACCGAAGCACCAGAAGGAGGCAUAAACAGCUUCUUCCAAUCCCUAACGGAUGCAGUUCCUCUUUCUGUCCUCAUCCUCUGCCUUCUUAUUCUUUUCCUUACCAUCAUCUUCUGCUCUGCUGGGAUCAUUGUCUUUGUCUUGCACCGCCGACGCAGACAUUCAAAGAAAAAGCAAGCUGAGGAACAGCCUCGUGAAAACAGUCCAAUCCACCUGCAUUACAGCAUGUAUGGACAGAAAACAACUCAUCACUUGGCUGAGAGGCAUGACACAAACAUGUAUGAUGAACCUUCCCGAAGUCCCAUUCUUCAGGUUUGCAAGAACCCUAGCUAUUGUUCACAGCACAAAGAAUAUGAUACAGAGGAUUAUGAUACAGAGAAACCAAAUCGGUUUUGUCACAGCAUCAUGGAUAAGGAGAACGGCUCCCCCCUUACAGGGUCUCUGAAGUGCAAGGCCAUGUCCCAUGAGUAUCCAGCUGAUUUUGUUUCUUUGGGUGACAAGGGAUCUUUAUACAAAAACAUCCUGGAGCGGGAACAUGAACUCCAGCAACUUAGCAUCACAGAAUAUCUCAGGAAAAACCUCUCACAGCUACAAGACGUGCAAGUUCCCGGGCAUCAUCAAGAGCUCAAACUGAUGGAGACACUUGUGUACACCAGGCCGAGGAAGGUUAUGGUGGAGCAGACUAAAAACGAGUACUUUGAACUGAAAGCAAAUUUACAUGCUGAACCAGAUUACUUGGAGGUACUUGAGCAUCAGACAGCUCUUAACUGAGAUGCAGCACACUGUAACACUUUAAUAUCAGAUCUGCUUCAAGAGAUAAUACCCAAAGUGCCUUGAGUUUUCAGCAGACAUGAAGUGCAGCUGCUCAUCUUUGUGAAUGUGGUAAUUUAGGGGAUUGCAGUGGAGUGUAUGUUACUGAAGAGGAACAUUGACCUUGAUCUACUUUUCAUAAUUUAAUGUCAAAUAUGGUCAUUGUAUAUUUUGUUGAGUCUUGACAGUUUGCCAUAAAUGUCAUGUGCCAUUUGUCAAAUGCGGUCACUUUCACUCUGGUACUAUGGGACACAUUUUUCAACUUGUCACCUUGUACACUCUUAAAUGUAGAACCCUUAAGGGUUUUUGCAGUUCUUCCUUUUGGGGGUGGGGGACCCUGAAAGAUUCUAUAUAGAAUCCAACCAUUACUCCAGAGACAAAAGUAGAGACAUUACUCCAGCUAGAGACAUUAAUCAGGACAACUGUGGUUCUGAUUUGAACAAUCAGUGUUCUGAAUUACUUUUAGGUCUUCCCAAUGUCCCAAAGAGACUCACAUGGUAUCUUGGCAAGCAAGAGGGGUAACAAAAUGUAGCAUAGGUAUAGCAGGUACAGCCAGUGGCAAAGCAUUAUAACUAAACAAUUUUACCAGCAGUACCUGUUGUACCCUUAAAGGUCCUUUGGUUGUCCCUCUUGGGGAACCAUCAAUUCUAUGUAGAACCCUAUAACAUAGCAGAAAGGAUUCUGAGUAGAACACUUUAUGGAAGAUAAGGCCCUGGUCACACUACAGCUCGGGAUGGGUUCGCAAAUUCUUCUUCUUUCAGCUGUUCUUGUUAGGGGUCGCCAAAGCAGAUAAUGUCCCUCCAGCUCCUUCUGUCUUCUGUAUCUUUUUCUGUAGCACCAACUGUCCUCAUGUCCAUAAAUCUCAUUUGGUCUUCCUCUUUUCCUUCUACCUGGCAAAUCCAUCUCCAGCAUUCUUUUCCCAAUAUACCCUGGAUCUCUCCUCUGUACAUGUCCAAACCAUCUCAAUCUCACCAAUCACUCCCAAUGAGAAUCUCAACAUCUUUAACUCCACUACCUCCAGUUCAGCCUCCUGUCUUUUUGUCAGUGCCACUGUUUCCAAACCAUUCAAAAUUGUUGGUCGUACUACGGUCUUGUACAUUUUCCCUUUCACUCUUGCUGGCAACCUUCUGUCACAAAUCACGCCUGACACUUGAAUACUUGGCAGUGAAAAAUUGGUAGCAUCACCACCAAUCAUGCAGUGCACAGCAAUUGUUCUCCGAGCUUUGUAGGGUUUUUUUUUUUUUGGGUGUGUCUCCACCUCGUGAGUGGCCAAAAAUCUCAUGAAAAAUUUCAAUGCAUGCAUCGAAAUUUGGUGGUGAUGUUUUCGUCAGCAAACUAAGUGGUGAAUAUUCACAGAUGGGUUUGGGAAUACUUCGCCACCAAAUGCUUCAUCGCAAAGCAUUGCAAGCUGUAGUUUGACUGUAGCCCAAGAACACUUAAUUACCUAAUAAACCAUCAAUAAUGUCUUAAAUGUAUGGUACACUGUACAAAUUACUGGCCAUUAUUUUCUUCUUAAUACGAGAAACUACCUGGUGCUUAACAUAUAGAUUUAGCUAUUUUGUUACUUGAUACACUCUUAGACAAUAGGAUUAUUUGAUAAUUAAAAGAUGUCAGCCUCCAAAUAGGGUUCUACCUAUGGAAGCCUUUCUGAUAGGAUCUGUUGUAGGGUUCUAUAUCGAGCUAAAUAAUUAUCAAGGAUGUUCAGUUAGGGCACGUUUCCAUUGGAUGUACCAGUCAUACCUGUGCAAAACUUCCUUAUGUGAGCCAUGUCAGGACAUGAGGGUGGAGCUAAAAUUAGUGCUCCCCAUUGAUGGGACAACAAUCUUUGUGAUAGGGAAGAUCAGGAUACAGAUAGUCCUGGCACUUUGUUCCCAAGCUAUGCUGUCCUUUCUGGUGGAAAAGUGCAAUUAAAGUCUAAAUCUCCUUGUCUUCCAUGCUUUUGGUGUUAAUGGUGCUCAGGUUAGUUUCUAAUUGGGUGUUGGAGUGCUUUUGUUUGGUGGACUGUUUCUCAUUAUUCACUGCUGUACCUAAACUUCUUAUUGAGGUAUUUCACCUGACGUCACAGGGUCACGUGACGCCCCGGUGUCCGCCAUUUUGAACGUCAAGCUACAUACUAACGCUGCAGACAGAGAGGGAGAACCAGCUUGAAAAAAAACGUGUUACAGACACCUAGAAUAGAUUAAUUUGUCAGUAAGCACUCUAUAAAUAACCAUGGUGUUUGCUUGUUGUGCUGUGGGCUGCCACAACAGACAGGGACAGCGUGCAGGACGCUCCCUUCUAGUGAUGGGAAUUUCGGCUCUUUUUUGGGAGCCGGCUCUUUUGGCUCUUCUUACUAUAAGGAGCCGGCUCUUUCGGCUCCCAAACGGCUCCUGAGAUUUUAUUUUUGAUUUAAUUGCUGCAAUUAACUAGUAAAUUAAUUACAUUAUUAUUUAUAUUUUAUCAGUAGGAUGUUUUCCAUUUUAUUUUUUAGUUUUUGUAGCCAUUGUAAAGCUUUGUAAAGUAUAGCAGUGUAACAAUGUUCUAGCUAUAGAAAUAAAACUUACUUACCAAUUAAUAAAUUAUUUUCUCACAAACAUAAAUGCAAAACUGUUAUUACCAAUAUAAAAUACACAGCUGAUUUUCCCCUCCUCAGGUGCCUCACAGACUCCUCUCCCCUGUGCUCCACAGCUUUAAGCAUUACACCAAUUUUCGUAUUUUCGCAGCUGUGAAUGACAUCAACCCCCCCCAACCAAAAAAAGUAGGCGUACACCAUGCUACUUUUUUUCCUUUGAAUGGUAAUAGACAACACAAAGACGCAAUCGGACAGCAACUUUUUUUGUGAAGGUCUCUCUCUCUGAGGCACCUAAGGACAAAAAACUAAUUCGGCUCCCACCGAAGAGCCGGCUCCCCUCGUUCACUUCAAAGAGCCGGCUCUUUGAACCGGAUCGUUCGCGACCGACACAUCACUACCGGUUUCCUACUGACCCAGACAAGAGGGCCAAAUGGAUUGCAGCUGUGAAGAGACAGGAUUGGGAGCCAACAGAGUACUCCAGACUUUGCAGUGAUCAUUUCAUUUCAGGUUAGUUUAUCAGUUAACGCAAUUUUGAUAAAAUAUAUAGCAAAAAGUAAAUGGGUCAGUGUUUGUUAACCCAUCUGAGCAGUGAAACAAGGCAGUGUUAAUUUGUCUAGGGUUGCAUGUAGCAGACAUCAGACAUAAAACGCAAUAACAGAGGCUAGAAAGAAACGGGACACAGAAAUAAAUAAACAGGGCUCCAUACCAAGGCUGGGUACAGUGUUUGUGAUAAAAGACAGAUCCAAUUUAACACGAAUCACAGCUUACUUUCUUGUUAAAAUGUGCAAAGGUCUCCACCAUCUCAUACCGCCUUGCACUGAAGGACUUAAGCGUGCCGUCCAAAAUGGCUGCGUCACGUGACUUGGUCACGUGGGUGAAAUACCUCAAUACCAUCACCAUGCUCCUAUGUUGGUUGUUUUCUGGGGUAAAGUGGAGCAAUACAUUGUGCAGAGGAACAGUUAACCUAUGCAGAAGGUGUACCAUGAUAAAUGGUUAGCUUGGUGUCAUUUUUAUUAUGUCUUCUGUGCAUUUUCCAUGAAGUUGUAUUUAUUUAUUCCUGACAUUUUUGGCAACAAAAAAGCAAGUUUCUGUCCAUAACGUUUUUUUAUCUGGUGCAUCUCAUUGCAAUCACAAUCCUAACAUUUGCUGCAGGUCAUAAUUUUAUGAAAAGAAAAAAAGAAUUGCACUAUCCAAAAUGCCAUUUAAGAAAUGGCACUUGACAAUCAAGUGUAGCUACUGGUGUGGACAAGAUUGAUUGAUUUUUUUUUUUUUUUUGUAUAGUUUUUUUUUUUUCCUCUCCCCCCUUUUUGGUUCUAAUUUCUUUACAAAAUAUAAUAAAUUCUUUUGUCUCAGCAUGAUAGUUAUGCAGGAUGGUUUGAAAGGAUUUGCUGUAAGAGCACCAUAGCUUUAUUUUGUAUUGAGGUAGAUCAGAGUUUAUUUAUUCUGUAUAUAUUUGUACAUAACGGAACGUUUCUAUGUAUGUGUGCCUUUCGAUGUUUCAAUGUAAUGAGUGAUGUAAAUAAAAGUUACAAUAUAGUGUACAGUAAAAAAAAUAUAUUUGUAUUUUCCUGGCAAGUGCGGCACCUAACUUUUUGCUUGAUGAAAUUAAUCCUAACUCGAAGGGCACUUGGAUGUCUCUGCCAAGCUAGAAAUCAAAAUCUUGAACCUAGGAUAAUACGAAAGCUGUCCACCAAAUUUCAUCCAAAUCCAUUCACUACUUUUUGAGUUACAUUGGAAACAAAGAAACAAACAACUAAACAAAUGCAGGUGCAACCAUAACCUUCUCCAGCAAAAUUGGCAGAGGUAAAUAAUUCAGAAAUCUGUUCUCUCACUUCAUGUUUUCUCACAUCUUUUUAUUGUUUUUAAUGUUAAAGUAGAUGGUAUAUCUUGUAUAUAUGAGCAUCUUUGAUUAUAAAAACUCCAAUUAUUUAAAAAAAAUCUCCAUUGUAGUUGAACGAAGCUAUGCUAAAUUUCUACACACGAAUGCUUGGAAAAAAAGAGCAGCAUUCAGCAGUUUCGUGUACAUAACCCUAACCCUCAUAUCGCCAGUUUUCUUAAAAAAAAAAACAAAAGCACCAGCACAUGGAUAUAAAUCUGAGGGCGAGGAGGAUGUUUUCUCAUAAGCAAAGUGCAAAACAAUGUUUAUUUUCACAGCAAGGCUGUAAAUCCAUGACUGAUUAUUUUUAGCAGAGAAACGAGGAUGAAAUUCACAUUGCUGUUAAAAUGUAUGCAUCUACGCGAACACAAAUCUUUUUGUGUGUGUGUGUGUGUACAAUGCUGGUUAAGAAGGAUGUAAUUGGCAAAGACACUUAAAUCCAAGUCCAUUCAGAAUCUCAAAAAUAAUGGCAGUAUGUUUUUAUCAUUUUUAUUUUAUUUUUUUCCAGCUUGAUUUUGGGCUAUAGAUGUGGUUAACACACUGUCGCUAACUAGAUUUCAUACUCCAGAAAACACACAAGCUCAAAGCUGAGAGGGGGAAAAUAAAGCCACAGGAGCCUGACAGACAAGUCCAAAAAUAAAUAACUUACCAUUAGUGGCAUGCUAUCUUGUCACUUGGAACAGAAUAUGUACGUGGAGGCAAAGUGUGCAUUUUUUUUAAGUUGUCAAUUCUACAGAAAUGUUGACAGGUUUGAUGAGAUCCUGCUAGUUAGCAUUACUGUCACACUGAAACGUGUAAACUAGCUCACACUAACGCUCACACUCCCUGAGGAAGUGAAUUCCUCCCUGAGGAAGCGCUGCUUCACCAAAAGCCGACAUUACUAGCAAGCUAGAUAACAUGCGGUAAAGUAUUUUUAUAAGUAAUGAAAUCAAGCAGCGCUUCGGUAAAGUUAGUCAACAUCCUGAUCAUGCGAUGUCAUUCUUUCAGCUAUAUGUAGCAUAAAUGUCAGGUUUUAAUUACAUUAGCUAACCAGUGGAAGCUAAAAUAUUGUAAUUAGCUGCCAAAACACAGCAGUGUGUUAGUGUUGCCCAAGUUUACUAGCAAGCUAGAAAACAUUUUUUUAAUGUAAAUUGUACACCUCUAUGUGAGCAAACCUGUUUAAUUUUAAAUAGGUAGCCAUAUUAUUAGCAUGCUAGUCAACAUUAUGUAAACUGUUAUAGUGAUUUGGCUAACUAAUUUUUUAACUUAAGCUCUCUCUUUGUUCACUCAAAAACUAACCACAUCAUCAGGAUGCUGGUAAAUGUGAGGUAGCAAAGAAACAUAGUUACCUUAAUGCACAGUAACUCACAGUAGCUCAACCACAAUCAAUAAUACAAUGAAUAUAUACUUUGGGGUGUAUCUCAGACAUGCUAACUCCACUCUGACUAGUUUGAUCCUGAACAAGUUGCUUUUUUUCCCCAAGAAGUCACUGGUGUGCGUCUAAGUGUGUAAUUAAUUCGAAACAUACAGUUGUGGUCAGAUGUUUACAUACAGUGACAUAAAUGUCAUCUUGGAUAUGAAUGUCAUGGCAAUAUUUGGGCUUUCAGUAAUUUCUUUGAACUGUUCUUUUCCUGUGGCAGAAUGUACAGCAUACGUCUUUAAAAUAAAUAAAUACCACUAGAA